UGUGCUAGUGCUUCAAGUAGAAAAGUUGUGGGUGGGAGAGCAAAGUUCUUUUUAGACUUUUUAUUUGUUAUGAUUUAUCGUUUAGUUCUGUAGGUCAAAAUCCCACUGUAGCCAGAAUUAUCAAUUAAUUGUAGUUAAGUGAACGAUGAACAUCGAUUUCUGAAUCAUAAGGAGUGGUUAAGCAAGCAAACGUAAUCUUCGAAAUCAUUAACCGUGUUCAGUGAUUCAAAAUGAAGGGUGCUAAGCUGCUGAGUUCUGCUGGCCGCUGUGUCGCGGCUUCACCAGCAUAUGCUCGUCCUACCCCACGUUACAAUAACGAUGGUGGACGUCGCACAGAGGCAACAAAGGCAGUUCAGAAAGAGCGCCCCGGACCACGCUCAAGCGACUCGUUCACAUUGAACCUGUUCCGAGGAGCCCUAGAGACCUCAACAGUGUUCCCGUACCCUGAGCCGCUGGCUGAAGAUCAGAGACAGGUGUUGGCUGAGCUUGUGCCACCAGUUGAGAAGUUCUUCCAAGAGGUGAACGACCCCGCGAAGAACGACCAUGACGCGAAGAUCGAGCCCAACACGCUUGCCGGUCUUUGGGACCUCGGUGCCUUCGGCCUGCAGGUGCCUUGUGAGCUUGGCGGUCUAGGUCUCAGCAACACUCAGUACGCGCGUCUUGUCGAGAUCGUCGGCGCUCACGACUUGGGUGUCGGCAUCACGCUCGGAGCUCACCAGUCCAUUGGCUUCAAGGGUAUCCUGUUGUUCGGAACCCCAGAACAGAAACAGAAGUACCUCCCCAGAGUAACUGGUGGGGAGUAUGCUGCGUUCUGCCUCACUGAGCCCUCUUCAGGGUCUGAUGCUGGCUCCAUCAAGACGCGUGCAAUCCAGCAGCCAGAUGGCACGUGGAAGCUGAACGGCUCCAAGAUCUGGAUCAGCAACGGUGGAACCGCGGAGGUGAUGACCGUGUUCGCGCAGACACCUGUCCAGAAGGACGGGAAGACCGUCGACAAGGUGACAGCGUUCAUCGUGGAGCGCUCCUUCGGGGGCGUGUCAUCCGGCCCCCCGGAGAACAAGAUGGGCAUCAAGUGCUCCAACACCACUGAGGUGUACUAUGAAGACGUGCCCGUGCCCAAUGAAAACGUAUUGGGAGGCGUCGGCAACGGAUUCAAGGUUGCGAUGAACAUCCUGAACAACGGCCGCUUCGGUAUGGGCGCCGCCCUGGCCGGCACACAGCGCGCGGCCAUCAAGCAGGCUGCUGAACACGCAGCUACCCGUGUUCAGUUCGGCAAGAAGCUGAUCGAGUUCGGCACCAUCCAGGAAAAACUGGCUCGUAUGGCGAUGCUCCAAUACGUGACGGAGUCGCUCGCGUACAUGGUGUCCGGUAACAUGGACACGGGCGCUAAGGACUACCACCUUGAGGCUGCUAUUAGCAAGGUGUUCGCAUCAGACUCGGCAUGGACGGUGGUAGACGAAGCCAUCCAAAUCCUCGGCGGUAUGGGCUUCAUGAAGGGCACAGGAUUGGAGCGUGUGCUUCGUGACCUGAGGAUCUUCCGUAUCUUUGAGGGCACCAACGACAUCUUGCGUCUCUUCGUGGCAUUGACAGGCAUCCAAUUCGCCGGCUCCCAUCUCCAAGAGCUCCAGCGCGCCUUCAAGAACCCUACCGCCAACCUCGGCCUCAUCUUCAGCGAGGCCGGCAAGCGCGCCGGUCGCGUCGUCGGCCUCACCUCCACCGCCGACAUCAGUCCUCUGGUGGCGGAUCAACUACGCCCUGCUUCUAGGGAGCUGGCGAAGUGUGUGGAUGCGUACGGACAGACCAUUGAAUCUACGUUGGUCAAGUACGGCAGGAAGGUUGUCGAUGAACAGUUCGUCCUGAACCGCCUAGCGUCGGCCGCCAUCGACGUGUACACGACGGCCGUGGUGCUGUCCCGCGCGUCCCGCGCCACCAAGCUCGGCCUGCCGUCCGCCGCACACGAGGUCAAGCUCGCCGAGGCCUGGGCCUACGACGCCUUAGUAUAG